AUGGAUAUUCUUUGUGCCCUCUCAUUAAAUAUUGAUGGUCGCUCUGAAAGAGCGGAAGUAUGUAGAAGUGAUAGUGUUAAACCGGAAUUGAGUGAAAAAACUAAAGUGAGUCUCAGAAGACUUAGUAACUUCUAUGGAGGUGGUGACAUAUCUUCACCCAUUCACAGAUCAGAACAGAUGUGGGAAGAAUCCCAUUCAUCAGUAAGUGUAGCGAAAGGCUGCUCUGGAGAAAGAAGAAAAAGAAGAUUUCAAGCAUUGGCAGAUAUGGGAGAGGAAGUCCACCAGCAGCCCAAGAGGGAAACGACCAGAAAAGGCAGCAUGAAGCGAACCAAUCUAGAGGCAGCAAUCCACGAGGGCCUGACAAGCAAUCAACAGGAGACUAAGGUGUGGUCCCUUCAAAUUCUCUUUGAUGAAUUAUUUGAAACUUCCCUUUACAACUUGAUCCCUUCCUACUCCAAUAUUAUCCUCUCCGGAGACUUCAAUACAAAUUUAAUGAUACCAUCCUCUGACCAUUCCCACCUGACCAGCCUCCUACAAUCUCUCAGAAUUUAUAUUGUUAAUGCUGUAACAUUUGCUGAUUUUCAAUAAUAGAUUAAGCAGUUACAUUAAUGAUAUCAGAACUUAAUUAGCAAACAUAGUUUCUUUUUGUAUGGCUUACUGUAGCUAUGCAAGUAUAAACUAGUAACUGCAGAUUGUAGUUUUACAUUUAUCAUACACAAUUAGUUGUAUAUAAAUUUAUUUUUUGAUUUUUAUAAUUGAAUUUAAUAUGUUCAGACAUUAAAUUUUAAGAAUGUUGUACCAUUAGUAUAAAUUGUUCUUUAUUAUAUAAAUAUUAAAUCAAGAAUUAACGUGGACAGUUUUUAAUGUUAAUUUUAAAGUAAUUUUAUUGUAAGAUAUGGACAUUCCUUUUUUUUCACAAAUUAUGUUAAAGUUGUUUUAUAUAUUUUAUGUAUUUCAGUGAUCAAAUGUAAUGUUAUAAAAUGUGCUGAUUUCUAUUAAGAGAUUAAGCACUUAUAUUUAAUAUCACAACAUAACUAGCUUAUUUAUCCAUUCUAACUUUUUUGUGAGUAUUAAUUUUUAAUUGCCAGACGAAUUUUAUGGACUACUUGUGUCUAUUUGCUUUAGUUUUAUGUCAAACUUUAGGUUAUAAUUUUCUACUUAGUGAGUUUCUUAUAACAAAUGUAAGAUUUUAUACAAAUUUAAUUUGCAGUAUUACAAUACUGAAAAUUGUUAUCUAUCGAUACAACUCCAGGUUACCUUCAAAUUUAUUUUUUAGAUUUUUAUAAAAUGUAGUGUUAUAAUUAAAUAAAAAAGAUGUGGAAAAUA